AUGUUUACCAGUGAAUACAAACAACCACGUAAAGUCAAAUCUCGGAAAUCUCGCUCAAACCUUAAAAGGAUGGAUCCGGACUGUGCCAUAUGCAACGGGGCUGCUAGCCUACGCUGUGACUGCGAAGCCAAGGCCCUAGAAACAGCAAUAAGCCAGGCUGAACGGCGGAUGAUGCAGUCCAUUUAUCAGGAAAUCCGUUCCUGGGCUAGGGGACAUGCUCAAGACUACAUUCUAGAGUAUUUCAACGUGCUAUCCGAGAGAAGGAAAGCCGCUCACACCGAACAUAUCGAGAGGAUAUCACAGGCCGCCUACUACCACUACCGAUCCCCACCUCAUCCGGCUCAGGUCGCCGAAGCGGAAGCAAUCCUGAAGCGUGGCAUUGACGAGGACUGGAAAACUAGCGUCCAGCGGUACCCAGAAGUGCUCGAGUACUACUUCAGCUUAGUUGAACUGACGCUUCCGCCCGAAGACCACCCGAGCGUGAAAGAUCCCCCCCUUAGCGCCUUGAGCGGCAGCCGAAAGAACGGCCGACGUCCGCCUCCACCCGCUGCUACUAUUGCCGGUGGCGCAUUCCACCCGCAAGAGCACCUGCCAUCGCGAUCUUCGCCGCCACCUCCACCUCCCCCACCGAUGGGCAGGAGAACCCCGGGGCCGCCUAGGACGAGCAGGAAUAGCUACCGCGGCCCUCCACCACCUCCUCCUACGUUCUACGGUCCCCAAGGGUGGUAG